UUGGACAUGCAUAUAAAGCCCGUGAUCUGAGUCUGCAUCAAUUGCAAAUCAUGGCGGGAAGUGAUACGCAGAAGCAUUUGUUUUCCUUAAUUCGCGAUUAUGCUUCAGAAAAGUCACAAGGAGAGCGAAGAGUAGUAGGGCUGAAGAAACGAAUUGAAGAGCUUCGAUCGGAGAUAGAAGCUGCAAACACGGAGCUCGAAGACGCAAAACGCACCAAAGAAAUCAUCGAGCAAGAGCUAAAAGGCUAUGAAGUUGAGUUGGCAUUAGGCGAAUCGUCGAUUCAAACCCUACAGUCAAGGAUUUCUCAAAUUCAAGACGAAAUUUCAGCCGUUGGCUCUGAUGUGGAUGCUCUUAGGAACAAAGAAGGAGCUGCACGGGAUGAAUUUAUAAGCCAAAUGUUGGAGCUCAACGCUAAGAUAAGGAAAUUCCAAGACGCAAUCGCUUGCAAAAUGGAAGAAGAGUGUUACACUGGAACUGUAGCUGAACAAAACCGAAUACUUGUUAAAGAGGAGGUUGCUGAAGUCACUAUAACAACUCUUCAGGACAUGCUAGCCAAUGUAGUAUCUCAAAUGACUAAAGAGGAAGAAGAAUACCAAUCACAACAGAAUAUUCAAAAGCAGAUGCAGCUAGAGUUGAUUGGUUGCGAAAGGAAGGUGUCUCUGAUGGAGGUGAUAGCAAAAGCAACAGAAGCAUUACAGGACUUGACAAGAUAUCCUUAUAAAAGUUACAUAAAAAGGGAACUCACUUGAGCGUACAAUAUUAAUUUGGGCCAAUGAGAAUAGUACAAUUUAAAAGAAAAGAGUUCUUCCUAUAGACUCAUUGUCUAUUCUUAGUUAAAUGGCAUGAAAGCAACGCUUUGCAUUUAAGCAACCUAUACCAGUAAGUAAUGCUGAGAAAAUUCAUACCUCAAAAACUGCAAUUUCCAGAGACAAUUUAAUCUUAGUUUGUAGAUUCUAAUUUUAAGAAAAGCUUUCUUCGCAAGCUUCUGCCCUUGUUUGCUAUUAGGAAGAUAAGAAAAGAACCAAGCACAGAGCAGCUCCCAAUUCAUUGUCAUUUUAAUGAUGUUGAGUAGCUUGGUUGGCUUUUCACAGUUUUCUAGUCUGAAAUAUUUUAUACAGAGGUUUUACUCUAACUACCGUAGUUCAUGACUAUGCCUAUUGCAAUUGUGUCUUUGACAAGAAACAAGCAGACUUCUGAAUUGGAGGAGAUGUGUGCUUCCUUUGGUGAGGAGCUGCAGAAAAGGUGCGUGUGCCCCACUUGUCAUUUACACAAUGUGGAGGCUCUGGGUGAAAUAUUUCAGGCAAAUGAGGCAAAUUGAUCUUUUGUAAGUAAUCUACUUGGCUUUGCUGCACUUUGGUUGUUGAUCUUUCGUUUAAAAGAGACUCAAGGGAUACGAAUUGAUAGCACUUCUGUUUGUAAAGUGAAUGGCCACGACUGGCCUUGGGAAUGUGAAAGACUUGUGAGGCCUCAUGUUGGCAACUAGGUGAAAAUGAGACAUGGUAUGCUAUUUGUUUUGCAUUAAAAGAAAAGUUUACACAGAUUCCGUCA